GCAGAUAAGAUUAAAUACAAAACAAGUAAGCUAAGUAUAAAAAUGGCUAUUGCAAGAACCGAUUAAAAAUCUAUGUCGCAAGACCUUGGCGGUACAAUAAGGAACAAGUUCAUUACAGUGCUGUUACAAGAUCAGCCGUCCUCACGCUUCACUGCUUGCAGCACAUUUUCACUACUUAGUUUAUCACUAACUAUGUGCACGAUCGGUCAUAUUUAACGCGGGGAAUACUGAGCUGAUUAUAUUAAGGUUAUCUUCGCAAUCUAGUGAAGGAUCAAUACAGUCACGCGCUAAACAAAUAACAUUUGGAAAUGCUGUUUGUGUGUUCCGAGUUGUUGGUUAGUGUUGUGUGCGUGGUGGCUGGUGCGCCAUGCUGUGCGUGAAGUGUGUGCGCGUGGAGUGUCGGUGGCGCUCGUGUCUGCUGGAGCACGCGUCGCCGUGCAACUUCUACGUGAGCUGUUGGCAAAGCAACCGCUCGGCCGCGCCGCUGCUGCUCCUCCGAGGCUUCCUCUUCCUGUUCUCGACGUGCGUGCUGCUCACGUCUAUAGCUGUGCCCUUGACAUUGAACAUACGUUUCGGCUACUGGUUCAUAUACCUAACGCAUUGGGGUUUCCUACUAAUCGUUCUCACCACCGGAUUCUCUACUGCUGUAUCAGCAUACGCUUACUUUAAGAAGCCCAUUGAUGCAACGUUCGGUCUGCCAUGGUACGUGAAGACCUACUGGAUCCUGUACAACAUCACCAUCCCCGUCGCCUUCCUCAUCACGGUGUUCUACUGGGGAAUCCUGAAGACUUCGGCUGAGACAGUGAACUUCGCUCCGAACCCGGUGCUGGACAUCAUGCUGCACGGCGUGAACUCUGCAGUGAUGCUGGUGGAGCUGAUCUUCUCGGCCCACCCCAGCCGGCUGAUGCAUGUCAUGCAGCCGCUGUACUUCGCCGGGGCCUAUAUGCUCUUCAGCGUCAUCUAUUACUUCGCUGGCGGAUUGGACCCAUGGGGUAACCCGUUCAUCUACCCCGUGGUGGACUGGUCGAAGCCUGAGCAGACGAUGGUGGUGAUCACGUUAACAGCACUAUUCCUCGCACUGAUGCAUCUGCUGACAGUUGGCAUCGCUACAGCACGAGACGCGAUCGCCAAGAGACGGCUGGCUGUACCUGCGGGCGUCUACAACGAUGCAUUCGCACCCGAAAAGUGUGUUUCAAAGAUGGGUGGAACAGUAAAAAAGUAUUUCAAAAAGGAAUUCCAAUUUCAAAAGUUUUCGCUGGACUUUGAAGAUUUAUCAGAUUUUUAUUUGAGUUGUUGGCAAAGAGGUCAAUCCAUUUGGCCCUUGUUGGUGAUCAGAACAAUAAUAUUCAUAGGUUUUGCUGGGAGUACGGUAGCCGCCUUCGUGAUCUUGGUUCAGGAUGGAGUAAGCGCUGGUUACGGGUUUAUUUUCAUGACCCGUUGGGGCUUGUACGUAAACACCAUUACUUCAUUGCUAGCAUGUUGUAUCUCUCUUACGGAACUCUUUAGAGGAACAGAUACAACUCCUUCAGUGCUGGUAAAAAUGUACUGGUGCUGUUAUAACAUCUCAAUUUCUAUGGCAUUCUUCAUCACGAUAUUCUACUAUUCUUUUCUCACAGAAGUUGCUGCAGAUGGCGGCUUUGAACUGAAUCCAGUUGUGGACCUGUUUCUCCACGGCAUCAACUCGGUGCUGAUGUUCUGCAUGCUGAUCACGUCACGCCAUCCCCACAGGCUGAUGCACUUCUACAUUCCAAUCUUGUUUGCGCUAGCCUACGUUAUUUUCAGUGUCAUAUACUAUUUUGCUGGUGGGAUGAGCCCUCUUGGCACACAUUGGAUUUAUCCGCAGUUGGAUUGGGAGAAGCCCGGUGAGGCCAUGAUCCUGGUCGUGGUAGUGGCCUUCUUUCUCAUUGUGGUACAUAUGGUCGUCGCUGGCAUGACCCUCUGCAGGGAUGCCAUCACUAAGCGGUGCAGAGAUAAUACAGUGCUUCUGAUAUCCAGCAGAUAGAGAAAUUCUUUAAUUUUUUUAAAGAUCUUAAUAAAAAUGAAGAAAGCUCUUGUUCUCCAAGCCUUAUGAUGAUGGUAAGAAAAUAUGUGUCCGAAGUGUACACUUAACGAAGGAAUAUUUUGUUUAAUAUUUGUUAAAAUGUUACAUAAAUAAAUGACUGAACACAAAAUACUCGCUA